AUGAAGUUGAACAUCUCCUACCCUGCCAAUGGCAGCCAGAAGCUCAUCGACAUUGAGGAUGAGCGCAAGCUCCGCGUCUUCAUGGAGAAGCGCAUGGGCGCUGAGGUCCCCGGUGACUCCGUCGGCGACGAGUUCAAGGGCUACAUCUUCCGCAUCACCGGAGGCAACGACAAGCAGGGUUUCCCGAUGAAGCAGGGUGUCAUGCACCCUACCCGUGUCCGCCUCCUCCUCUCCGAGGGACACUCCUGCUACCGCCCCCGCCGCACCGGUGAGCGCAAGCGCAAGUCCGUCCGCGGCUGCAUCGUCGGCAUGGACCUCUCCGUCCUUGCCCUCUCCAUCGUCAAGCAGGGCGAGGCCGACAUCCCCGGCCUCACCGACGUCGUCCACCCCAAGCGCCUCGGUCCCAAGCGUGCCACCAAGAUCCGCAAGUUCUUCAGCCUCACCAAGGAUGACGAUGUCCGCAAGUACGUCAUCCGCCGCGAGGUCCAGCCCAAGGGCGAGGGCAAGAAGCCUUACACCAAGGCUCCCAAGAUCCAGAGACUCGUCACCCCCCAGCGUCUCCAGCACAAGCGCCACCGCAUUGCCCUCAAGCGCCGCCAGUCCGAGAAGGUCAAGGACGAGGCCAACGAAUACGCCCAGGUCCUUGCCAAGCGUGUUGCCGAGCGCAAGACCGAGAAGGCCGAGCUCCGCAAGCGCCGUGCCUCUUCCAUGCGCAAGUAA